CCAAAAAAAAAAAAAAGAGCAACAAGCUGAAGCAAUAACCAUUUUGAACUUUGAAGUUGGAGAAUCGAGUCUGAGUGUCAACAUGGAUAGACAAAAGGGUCAGAAAAAAAAUAUUUACGAUGAAAAAGCAGUGUUCCACAUUUAAAAACAAUCAGGAUGUAGUUGAAGAAAGUGACAUGUUUCGGAAUUUGGACCAGAAGAAAACAAACAAAGUUAAAGAGAGAGAGAGAGAGAGAGAGAGAAUAAGAUUAUAAUAAAGAGAAUAGCACUAAACAAAGGUAAAAAGUACAAGAUAAACAACAAUUUGAUUAGGAAUGACAGAGUUAUAGAAAGAGAUAAUAAGUUCCCAAAUAGCAAAAAUGGUGAAAGAGACGUGUGGAACCUACGACGGGAAGAAUCAAGCAACAGAAGCAGCUAGUGCAUUGAUGAUAGAGAAGCAGCUUUAUUGGAAGUAUCCUUGUGAUCUUGAGAAAAACCCAUCAACCAGAGCUCUCUAAAUGGAGCGUGGAAGUGGAGAAAGAGGCACUACAACUUUCUCAUCAUCAGCUGCAAGCAACAUGAGGCCCAACACCAACACUAACACCAGCACCACCCAAAAAGGUAAAGAAAUUGCUCAGUACAAUGCAGAUGCUGGGCUUAUGGCUGAGUUUGAACACUCUGGUGUCUCUGGUAAGUCCUUUAACUAUUCAAGAUCAGUUCUUGAUGCUCCACUGACUGUACCUGAGGAACAAAUUACUGCUUACUUGUCAAAAAUCCAGAGGGGUGGUCUCAUCCAGCCCUUUGGCUGUAUGCUCGCAAUUGAGGAGUCCACUUUCAAGAUUAUCGGUUUCAGUGAGAAUUGCUUUGAAUUCUUGGGUUUAGGCAGUCAGUUUGAGUCAAACCAGUUGAAGGGUCUGAUUGGAAUUGAUGCUAGAGCACUUUUUACACCUUCUUCUGGUGCUUCACUGGCGAAAGCUGUUGCUUCCAGAGAGAUAUCACUGUUGAACCCCAUUUGGGUUUGUUCUAGGAGUAACCAUAGGCCAUUUUAUGCUAUACUACAUAGAAUUGAUGUGGGAACUGUAAUUGACUUGGAGCCUGCUAGGUCGGGUGACCCUGCAUUGUCAUUUGCAGGUGCAGUGCAGUCACAGAAACUUGCUAUUCGAGCAAUUUCUAGGCUGCAGUCUCUUCCUGGGGGAGAUAUUGGUGUGUUAUGUGACAUAGUUGUUGAGGAAGUUCAGAAACUUACUGGGUAUGAUAGAGUUAUGGUUUAUAAGUUCCAUGAGGAUGAUCAUGGUGAAGUGGUGUCUGAAAUCAGGAGGUCAGAUUUAGAACCUUACUUGGGUUUACACUAUCCUGCCACAGAUAUUCCACAGGCUGCUCGGUUCUUGUUCAAGCAGAACCGUGUUAGAAUGAUUUGUGAUUGCAAUGCAAACCCGGUUAAGGUCAUCCAAAGUGAAGACUUAAAACAGCCUCUGUGCUUGGUCAACUCAACCCUCAGGUCACCACAUGGUUGCCACACACAGUACAUGAACAACAUGGGUUCAAUUGCCUCAUUAGUAAUGGCAGUUAUUAUAAAUGGUAAUGAUGCAACAAAGCUUUGGGGGUUGGUAGUGUGCCACCAUACUUCCUCCCGGUAUGUCCCUUUCCCACUUCGUUAUGCUUGUGAGUUUUUUAUGCAGGCAUUCGGUCUGCAGCUCUAUAUGGAGCUUCAGUUGGCAUCACAAUUGGCAGAGAAAAAGAUUCUCAGAACACAAACCUUACUAUGUGACAUGCUUCUCCGAGAUGCCCCAUUUGGUGUUGUGACUCAGACCCCUAGUAUAAUGGAUCUUGUGAAGUGUGAUGGGGCUGCACUGUAUUAUGGAGGAACAUGUUGGUUACUGGGUGUAACUCCAACUGAAUCAGAGGUGAAAGAUAUUGCAGAGUGGUUGCUUCGUAAUCAUGGUGAUUCUACAGGGUUGAGUACUGAUAGUUUGGCAGAUGCUGGUUAUCCAGGUGCUGCUUUGCUAGGUGAUGCUGUUUGUGGGAUGGCUACUGCAAGAAUCACUACAAAGGAUUUCUUAUUUUGGUUCAGGUCUCACACUGCAAAGGAAAUGAAAUGGGGAGGGGCUAAGCAUCAUCCUGAGGAUAAGGAUGAUGGUGGAAGAAUGCACCCUAGAUCAUCAUUUAUAGCUUUUCUUGAAGUAGUGAAGAGUAGAAGUUUGCCUUGGGAGGUUUCAGAAAUAAAUGCUAUUCACUCUUUACAGCUUGUAAUGAGAGAUUCGUUUCAGGAUAUGGAGGACAGCGGUUCUAAGGCAGUGAAUUAUUCCCGGCAGAGUGAUGAUACUGAGUUGCGAGGGAUGGAUAAACUCAGUUUUGUUGCAUGUGAGAUGGUUAAAUUAAUUGAGACAGCAACAGUUCCAAUUUUUGGGGUUGAUUCAGGUGGUCUUAUUAAUGGAUGGAAUGCAAAAAUUGCUGAAUUGACGGGCUUACAAGCUAACGAAGCUAUGGGGAAGUCCCUAGUUAAUGAAGUCAUCCACGAGGACUCACGUAGAGUUGUAGGACAUCUUCUAAACAGAGCUUUGCAAGAUCUUAAUGCUCAGUCACCGUCUGUUCCAGCAGAAAUUUGCAAUAAUCAGGAGCAUUGUGAGGAAGACCGGAAUAUUGAGAUAAAACUGAAAAAUUUUGGGCUUUCACAGGAAAACAAAAUUAUAUAUAUUGUGGCCAAUACAUGCACUAGUAGAGAUUACACAAACGCAGUGGUUGGGGUGUGUUUUGUGGGCCAAGAUGUUACUUGUGAAAAAGUUGUUAUGGAUAAAUUCAUCCGCUUGCAAGGCGAUUACAAGGCUAUCAUACAGAGUCUUAAUCCACUGAUUCCUCCCAUAUUUGCAUCUGAUGAGAAUGCCUGCUGUUCUGAAUGGAAUGCUGCAAUGGCAAAACUGACUGGUUGGAGAAGAGAUGAAGUUCUCGGUAAAAUGCUAACUGGCGAAAUCUUUGGAAGUUUCUGUAGGCUAAAAGGUCAAGAUACACUAACUAAAUUCAUGAUUCUUUUAUAUCAAGGAAUCAGUGGUCAAGAUAUUGAGAAAGUCCCAUUUGAGUUUUUUGAUAGAAGAGGGAAAUUUGUUGAGGUUUUAUUAACAGCAAACAAGAGGAUCGAUGCUGGUGGCAACAUAAUUGGAUGUUUCUGUUUCCUCCAGAUUGUUGUGCCCGAUCUGCAGCAAACCUUAGAAGGAUGCAGUCAGGAAGAUAGAGCACAUUACUCAAAACUUAAAGAGUUGACUUAUAUAAGACAAGAGAUGAAAAAUCCGUUAAACGGUAUUCGAUUUACACACAAGCUCCUGGAAAAUACGGCUAUAUCAGAUAAUCAGAAGCAAUUUCUUGAUACUAGUGAUGCAUGUGAAAGACAGAUACUGACAAUCAUAGAGGAUAUGGAUUUGGGAAGCAUAGAGGAAGGCAUAGAGCUGAACAUGGAGGAAUUUCUGUUGGGAGAUGUUUUGGAUGCCAUUGUUAGUCAAGUAAUGAUCAUGAUUAGGCAAAAGAAUUUGCAGCUUUUUCAUGAGAUUCCGAAAGAACUAAAAUCAUUACGUCUCUAUGGCGAUCGGAUGAAGCUUCAGUUGGUCUUGUCAGAUUUCUUUCUCAAUGUGGUGCAUCAUGCACCUGUCUCAAAUGGCUGGGUUGAAAUCAAAAUUUCCCCUCGCCUGAAGUUUAUGAAGGAUGUCAAUGAAUUUAUUCGUUUACAGUUCAGAAUGACUCACCCCGGUCAAGGCAUUCCUUCUGCUCUAAUUCAAGACAUGAUCGAGGGAGGAAACCAAUGGACAACAAAGGAAGGACUCGGGCUAAACUUGUCUAGGAAACUUGUCAAUAGGAUGAAUGGUCAGGUCCAGUACAUUAGAGAGCAUAAUAAAUGUUUCUUCCUCAUCGACCUCGAAUUUAAAAUGGUAAAAAAUAAUGGAGGAUCACUGGCAGAUACAGGCAGGAUUACUUCUUAAAUACUUGUGUCAUUUCAUAAGAUCUCUUUGUAAUGUAUCUGUGAAGGCCAGGAAGAUUCUCGCUAUAACUGAGGCUUCUAAUUUUGGCUUGAGACUUUACAUGUUACACCAUGGCUCAUAUAAGUUUAUAGAGGUUAGAGGUUUGCGCGUUUAUUUUUCCUUGUGAGCAGUCUGAUAUAUUAUGCCUUCCUAGUGAAACACCAGUUCUAUCAUUUUGCAUUCCAAUGUAAAUAUGUGUGUUUUUGCAACUUUCUUUGCCUCUACAAUGACAGGAGUAAAUGGUUGACAAGCUGGGCAUUAAGGAUCCCAUGGUUCAGCCCUAUUGUUUAAGUUAUCUUCGUCAGGCAGAAAUCUCUAAAUGAUCCACAAUAUGUAGAUCAUGAAUUCCUAAUCAUCCUUCAAAUUGAAGAAAAUAAAUAAAAAGAAAAGCACACAAGUCAACGAAAAGAAAGAUGGUAAGAUUUUGAUAAAUAUGAAGCCAUCAUAUAUUCAAAUGAGAAAUAUCAUGUCUCCAUUACAUGUUUGAAUUUCCACAUCAAGAAUCCAAAUGCAUAAGACUAAUAAUAAUAAUUAAAAAAAAAAAAAAAAAAAAAA